AUGAAAGGAAAUAGGAUAAUUCUUGCCAAAGCACCAGAAGAAAUCUAUCUAUCUAUCUAUCUAUAUCUAUCCAAGUCUGUUCCCGAUCCUUCUGCCUUAAACACUAACACAUAUGUUGUGUAUGAGGAGGAGUCAUGUGAACAAUCUCUCUCUCACUCUCUCUUUACUUCUCUCUCACUCUCUCUUUACUUCUCUCUCUCUCUCUCUCUGUAUCUGUCCGUAUCUUUGUUGUCACCACGUUUCUCUCGCUCUCUCUCUCUCUCUCUCUCUCUCUCUCUCUCUCUCAUUCUCUCUCUCACUCUAGUUCCCCUCUCUCUUUCGUUAUCAUUCUCUCUUCCAUUCCCACUCUCACUCUCUCGCGCUCAUUCUCUCUCUCAUUCUCUCUCCUACUCUUUCUUCCAAUCGUUCCACAAAAGUUUUGAGAUAAUCCCCAGCUGCCUUCAUAUUUGCACCCACAGCCUCACCAUACCUGACAACAGAGUGAAUGCCAGCCCUCUUUUUAAAAUUCUUGAGCCAGCCCUGACUGGCUUUCAUGCCCAAUGCCAUGUCCAAUUUUGUCUCCACCCUCUCUCUCUCUCUCUCUCUCUCUCUCUCUCUCUCUCUCUCUCUCUCUCUCUCUCUCAGUCUAUCUCUCUCUCUAAAAUAUUCUCUUACAUAACUCAAACUCGAGUGGCUUCUUUACCACUAUCGCCAAAAUCUAUUUCUUACAUCACCGCUUUCUCUACCCCCACCCCUCCAAGGAACGAACCCUCAGCUGUAGACAUUACCCUAGCUAUCCCCUAUCCUUCAACUUUUCCCCUUUUCUUCCUACCCGCUUCUAAAGCUGAAAUUAACGUCCUUAGUUAG